AUGGAGAAUAAUCAAAAAAGUAUGACAAAUGAAGAUUUAUUAAAUAGAGAAAACAACGUAAAAUCAUUAGACGAAUCCGAAGAAUAUAAACAUAAUUUAAAAAAUGAAUUAAAUUCUAGCUCAGAAUUUGAAUUUAAUUUCAAGAAACACAUUAUAGACAAUUUUGAGGAAAAAAACAGAGGAUUAUUCAAACUUUCUUUGGGAAAUAGGGUAGAUUCUAAAUCAAAUCUCAUUAACGAAAAUAUAAUAUAUAACACAUAUAUCAAAAAAUAUUCGAAAAAUGACAAUAUAAGUAAUGACAUAGUACAAUCUGAAUUUUUAGUAGAAGAUAAAAAAGAAGUUCAUGAGAACAAAAAUGAAAUAAUAACUAAGCUAAAAAAAGAAAUAAAUUUAUUAACGAACAAACUUGAAGAAAAAUCAGAUAAAAUAGAAAAUGUACAAAAAGAUAACUUCCAAUUAGAGCAGAUAUAUAAGAAUAAAUAUUAUACGGAUAUUAAAAAAGAAAAAAGAAAAGUAGUUGAUAUUCGCUCUAAAAAUUAUGAAUUGAUAAGAAAACUUAAUUAUUACAGUGCAUCUUUUCACCAAUUAAAACAAAAAAUUAGAUGUCUGCUUAAGAACAUCCUUGCUCUUACUCAACACAUUGAUGCAAAUGAAAAUUUUAAAUUUUUGUUGAAGAACAUGAAGGAUAUUUCUGUUAUAUUAGAGUCUAAUAAAUAUAAAACUUCCGAAGAAAAUAAGUAUAAACUGAAAGAAAAAAGUGAAAGAUUAAAGAUUCAUAGUUUGAAAAAUAUAAAAAAUGAGAAUAAAAAGAAAGAAAAAAAUAAUUCUAUGAAAAAAUCAUAUCAUAACAUAAAUUCAUUGUAUAGUAACCGUAAAUUUACUUCAAAUUGCAAAUGCACAACUGAAAAAAAAAAAAAAUUAGAAAAUAUAUUCAUUAAUAAAGAAAAUGAUAUUUUAAGGAAUAAUUCAUUUUUAAUCUGCUGUAAAAAAACACAUAACCGAAAAAAAAGUCCAUAUAAUUACCCAAUAGAAAAAAAAUACUCAUUUAAGCAUUACUAUAAUCUAAGAAAAAUUAGUAGUAUAAAUUCAAAAAAAAAAAAUAAUCUAAUAAAUUUGUCAGUACAUAUGAAAAAAAUACCUCCUGAAAAUUCUGAUAAUAUAUUGAACUUGUUCAGAGAAACAAGAAAAAUUAAUCAUUUACUAAGAAAUUCUGUAUAUAUAGAAAACUAUAAGAAAACUAAUUCUCAAAAAAGAAAUAUAAAUAAUGCAAGUUAUGAAAAAUGUGGUAUUAAACGAAAUGAAACUAGAAAAUAUACAAUACAAAAUAAAAAUAAUUAUUCUAUAAAAAAAGAGAGAAUAAUUUAG